AUCGAUCACACCAAACACGGGUAUUUAAAGCAUAGGACUAUACUGAUGUCGAAAUAUCACGGAGGCCAUGUUGGAUUUAGAGUGAACUACUAAUGUGACCCCGACACCAGAAAUGCUGCACCCCCAGCGCAGUGCCCAGGACGUCCUGCUGUGUGACCUCUGUGAAACUUUCCCCCUUCAGAGCCACUGUGAAUUUUGUCAAAUCAAUCUCUGUACUAACUGUGUAGGUAAACAUCUCUUGGAUGCGUCAAGAAAACACCGAGUCAUACCGUUCAGAGAGAAAUGUUUUACUACUAAAGUCUACCCCAAAUGUCCGAAACAUGCCGACAAACACUGUGAACUUUACUGCGAGGAUUGUGACGUUCCUGUCUGUUCUACUUGCGUCUCGGAUAAACAUAGAGGGCACAUUUUAUGCAAUGUUCUGAAAAAACUCGGCUCUAAAGCACAAAGUUUACAAAAGGAUUUGGAAGAACUUAAGACCAGAAUUUAUCCCCGCUAUGAAAAAAUGGCGUCCGAUGUCCAAACUGAGAAAGCGGGGUUAGAAACGAAUUAUGAGAAAUUGACAACAGCUGCUGACCAACAAGGAGAAAUCUUGCACCGAGAGAUCACCGCCAUUGUCAACCAACGGAAAUCCGACAUUGCAGGGAUGAAAACUAAACAUAUGGCUGCCUUAAAUAAAAACACAGAUGAAAUCACACACAGUAUUACUGAACUCAAACAAAUCAUUGUAAAUCUGAAGGCAAUAUUAGAAUCCAAUGAUAUUUCUCUAAUCUCUACCUACAAAUCUAGGAAUAACGAGUUCAGAAGAUUGCCUCCUAAAGUCCGAGUUUCAUUACCAAGUUUCUCUCCUCAGAAAAUAAACACAGACCAGCUCCGUGAAAUGUUUGGUUCUGUGUCACCAUUAUCCAUUAACACAGAAGAACAUGGCGACACAAGGAAGUCACCAGAAGCUGUAUCAUCUCCUCCAGUCAAACCAAUGAAGUCAGCAGGAGCUGCAUCGUCUACUCCAGCCAAACCAAUGAAGUCACCAGCAGAUGCAUCUCCUCCAGUCAAACCAAUGAAGCCACCAGAAGCUGUAUCGUCUCCUCCAGUCAAACCAAUGAAGUCACCAGAAGCUGUAUCAUUUCCUCCAGUCAAACCAAUGAAGUCACCAGAAGCUGUGUCAUCUCCUCCAGUCAAACCAAUGAAGUCACCAGAAGCUGUGUCGUCUCCUCCAGUCAAACCAAUGAAGUCACCAGAAGUUGUGUCGUCUCCUCCAGUCAAACCAAUGAAGUCACCAGAAGCUGUAUCGUCACCAAUGAAGUCACCAGAAGCUGUGUCGUCUCCUCCAGUCAAACCAAUGAAGUCAUCAGAAGCUGUAUCGUCUCCUCCAGUUAAACCAAUGAAGUCAUCAGAAGCUGUAUCGUCUCCUUCAGUCAAACCAGUGAAGUCACCAGAAGCUGUAUUAUCUCCUCCAGUCAAACCAAUGAAGUCACCAGAAGCUGUAUUAUCUCCUCCAGUCAAACCAAUGAAGUCACCAGAAGCUGUAUCGUCACCAAUGAAGUCACCAGAUGCUGUAUCGUCUCCUCCAGUCAAACCAAUGAGGUCAUCAGAAGCUGUAUCGACUCCUCCACUGCUUGAUGAACCGCGACUCACCGCCACCAUAGACACUGGGUAUGGCAAUUACAUACUACACAGUGUUAGCUGUCUCAGCGAAGAUCAAUUCUGGACAUGUGGGGAGAACAAAACCAUGCGGCUCCUCAACCUCCAGGGAAAACUAUUGACAUCAAUACAACCCAAGUCAGGGAACAUGCCAUGGGACAUCACAGUGACACGAGAUGGAGAUUUUGUUUAUACUGACUAUAACACUGUAAACCUAGUGAAGAAUAAACAGAUACAGACCUUGAUCAAACUACAGGGGUGGUACCCUCGCUAUGUCUGCAGUACCUCCUCUGAUGAUCUCCUGGUCACCAUGAUCAGUGAUGAUGAAAUACAAUCUAAAGUUGUGCGUUACUCUGGCUCCACAGAAACACAAACCAUUCAGUUUGAUGAUCAGAGUCGUCCCCUCUAUUCAGCUGGUGAUAGCUAUAAAUACAUUAGUGAGAAUAGGAACCUUGAUAUCUGUGUGGCUGAUUGGUCAGCUAGUGCAGUAGUGGUGGUCAAUCAGUCAGGAAAACCCCGAUUUAGAUACACUGGUCAUCCCUCUAAUACCAAGGAUUCAUUUGAUCCACGCGGCAUCACUACAGACAGCCAGAGUCACAUCCUGAUAGCAGACUAUUGGAAUCACCGUAUCCACAUCCUAGAUCAAGACGGACAGUUCCUCCGUUACAUUCAGAAUUUAGAGUUUCCAUGGGGUUUAUGUGUGGACAUCAGAGACAACCUCUUUGUGGCUGAGUAUGACAUUGCUAAAGUGAAGAAAAUCUAUUAUCUAUAAACACAGUGUUAAUUACACAUCUCAACAAUUUGUUAAUCACAUCUAUCAACGCAGUGUUAAUAAUCGUUCUGUAUAUGUUAAUCACAGUUCUGUAUGUUGAUUACAGUUCUAUGUGUUAAUUACAGUUCUAUGUGUUGAUAACAGUUGUGUGUGUUAAUUACAGUUCUGUGUGUUAAUUACAGUUCUGUGUGUUAAUUACAGUUCUGUGUGUUAAUUACAGUUCUAUGUGUUUAUUACAAUUCUAUAUGUUUAUUACAGUUCUGUGUGUUAAUUACAGUUCUGUGUGUUAAUUACAGUUCUAUAUGUUUAUUACAGUUCUGUGUGUUAAUUACAGUUCUGCGUCU